AUGAGCAAAUCUUCGACUAGCGAAUCUAUAGUUACUGCAUAUGGCUUUGCAUACUCGAGCUGUGGGUAUUGUGGUAAUCCGAAUACCUCUUACAGUUAUGGCAUGCAUGCGUAUUCUCUUUCGUGUCAUGAUUAUCAAGACUUGGUUGAUGCCGGGUGGCGGAGGUCUGGGCGUUAUCUGUAUAAGCCUCAUAUGCGCGAUACUUGCUGUCCGCAAUAUACCAUAAGGUUAGAUACUACAAAGUUUUCGGCAUCAAAAUCGCAGAGGAAGAUAAUUGGUAAAUUUAAUCGAUUUAUGCAAGGUACUUGGGUGCCUUCGGGAGCCGAUGAUGAUAGUGAAACUGUUAACGACCGUCCACAGUCGAAAUCAAAGAAAGAAGCUCAAAAAGUGUUUAACCUAUCUGAAUCAAUUCAUGUCUCGGAGGGACAUGAAGGGUGGAAAUAUCAAUUCAAGGUUGUGAUGGAGCCAUCUUCGGUAACCGAAGAAAAAUUUAAUCUAUUCAAGAAAUAUCAGACAAUAAUACAUAAAGAGCCGCCUAGUAAAGUCUCUGCGCGUGGGUAUGAAAGGUUUCUAGUUGAAUCCCCGUUAAGAGUCGAGCCCUCUCCCAAGAACACAGAACCAGGUUAUGGUUCAUACCAUCAAUGCUAUUAUUUAAACGGCAAGUUGGUUGCUGUUGCAGUGUUGGACAUACUACCCCGCUUUGUGUCCUCUGUCUAUUUCAUGUAUGAUCCAGAUUAUUCCUUCUUGGGAUUGGGAAAGUAUAGCGCAUUAAGAGAAAUUUCAUUAUGUAAUGAAUUACGAGAAGACGGUCGUGAAGAAUUGAAAUACUACUAUAUGGGCUAUUACAUUCACUCUUGUCCAAAGAUGCGUUAUAAGGGCCAAUAUAGGCCAUCUUAUCUGUGUGACCCAAUAACAAGGGAAUGGCAUCCGUUCGAGAAGUGGAUUCCCGAGCUUGAGAAGAAUCAAUACGUGACAUUUGCCGCUCAUGGAACUACAACUGCCGAUGAGAAACAACCCCCGCCAGGCAUGCUUGAUGCUGACAGUCUCACUUACGAUGAUAUUGCGCAAAUACCGGUAUAUGUCAGCAGAGGGAUGAAAUAUGUCAAGCUAUACGUUAAGGACGAGCCAACUUUGAAAGGAAAUGAAGAAAGAAUCAAGGAACUCAAAGAGCAUGCUGCUGCAGUAGGGAAAGACCUGGCUACGAAAAUGGUUUAUAUUAUUGGAGUCAUUUGA